GCCGUCUCAGAUGUGGAGCCCUGCCCGUCCUGAGCGCUCGCUGCGGCCAAACGACAGAGCCCACCCCUGGUUCGGAGGGGGACACACACACACUCUCUGGAGUCGGAGUCCGUUUCUACUUUUUCUACUUUUAGAGCUGUCGCUUUCCCAACAUUGGGCCGCUUUUUGAGGGAAAAUAUACCAGUAUCGCGUAGAGGAGCGGGACCUCAUCAGGUACUUUCUGCCUGUUGGCGUGGAUGUGGGGCUCUGUUUCACUCAACAUCAUGGACGGCUGGUUCACCCACUCCACUGACCUAACAGAUUAAUAAUCAUUUACAGACAGAGAGGAAAGGAAUGGGAUAUGAUUCCAGGUGAUAAGGUGGAAGAACUCUUCAGCUUAACAAAGAACAUAGAUGAAUAUUUGCCAUGCUACAUGGGAAGGCUCUGAACUCCACCUUGCUCUUGCUCCUCAUCCCCAUCGUCUUAGUUUCUGCCCAUGGUCGCACCUACCCCGGUUUUUCUCGUAAUGACACUGAAUUCCAGCACCUGGUGCUCCACCCAGACCCCUCUGUGGGGACAGUGUACGUGGGGGCCAGGGACCACCUCUUCCAGCUGGACGGGUUAGAUGGACUCCGGCUGGAACAAGAAGAGAUGACCGGCCCUGUCAGCGACAGCAAAGACUGCCUUCCCCCUGUCACUGAGUUCAACUGUCCCCAGGCCCGGAGAACCAGUAAUCACAACAAAUUACUGCUGGUGGAUCCAAAGGCGUUGGAGUUGAUCACCUGUGGCUCAGUGCACCAGGGCACCUGCCAGAAACGCAGCCUAUCAUCGAUCAAAAAAGUUCUUUUCUCCACCGAGAGGCCCGUGGAUACGCAGUAUGUUGCGGCCAAUGAUCCGUCAGUCUCAACUGUGGGGCUGGUGGUGGGGCUUCGUGGUGGGGAAAGGACAGUAAUGUAUGUGGGGAGGGGCUAUACUGCUAGCCAUCCACCCAUUUCUACCCGCCACCUUUCAUCAGAACCCAUCUUUUCCUACGAGGAGACAGCUAAGCUGGCUGUAGCUGGGCGUCUGUCUGAAUACGACCACCAUUUUGUGACAGCGUUCACACGGCGUAAAUAUGUGUACUUCUUGUUUUACCGCCGUGACAUCAAGUCAGCAUCGAGAGAAUACCGGACCUAUGCCGCUCGAGUGUGCCUAGAUGACACAUCCUACUAUUCCUAUGUGGAAGUUCCUCUUGUUUGCCGAACCCCAACCUCUCCUUCAAGGACGUACAACUUGCUUCAGGCAGCCCAGGUGGGACAAGGUGCAGGCCAGGAAGGUGAGGAUCUGCUGGGAGUCUUCUCCACCCACAUCAGCUCCACAAACAACAGUCCCUUGGAUGCCUCGGCUCUGUGCGUUUACCCUCUGGAUGAACUUGACAGGCACAUCGACUCUACCCGUGACCUGUGUUACACCCAGGAUGGGCGGGUGGAGGGAAGAGGAGAGGUGGCCUACAUAGAGUACGAGGUCAAGUCCAGCUGUGCCAACUUGCCCUUGAAUACCUUGAAGGCGUAUCCCUGCGGCUCUGACCACACCCCUAGUCCGAUGGCAAGCCGGGCAUCGCUGGAAGCUAAAACUGUGUGGCACACCUCAGCCGCCCGUCUUACUGCCGUGGCCGUCAGUGUCAGAGACGGACACAGCAUUGCCUUCCUGGGAGACUCCAAAGGGACUUUACACAAGGUGUAUCUUGGCCAAGAUGGUAUGGUGGAGGUAUAUGCGAACACAACGAUCCAUCCCAACUCACCAAUUAACAGUGACCUUCUAUUGGAUCAGAACGGAGCACAUAUCUACAUCAUGACCAAAACUAGUGUAGAGAAGCGUCCAGUGGCAGAAUGUGGAGCUCACCUGGACUGUCAAUCCUGUCUGUCUGCCAAAGAUCCCUACUGUGGUUGGUGUGUCUUGGAGGGAAGGUGUGGCCAACGCUGGGAGUGCCAGCGAGGGUCUCUGCAGGGCCAGUGGUUGUGGAGUUUCAACCAGACGCAGCAGUGCCUCAGUAUUCAGCACCUCAGCCUCUACAACAUCAGCCGUGGGGAGAAAACUGAUAUUACAGUAUCAGUAGAGGGCCUUCCCAGUCUAGGAGACGGAGAGUUCUACUCUUGCUUUUUCCAGGACACAGAGACUCCGGCCUCACUCACUAAGACUGGUGUGACUUGCUCCACCCCUGAUGCCAGCAGUCUUCCCCCUAUUGGCCAUGGAGAUGAAUUUGUGAUGGUGACCCUGUCACUACGUUUCAUAAAUGUGACAGUGGCAGAGACAGAGUUCACCUUCUACAACUGCAGCUUGGUUCAGGAGCUCUCUGGACGUAGGCCAUGCCAUGGGUGUGUUAGCAGUCGCUGGGGGUGUAACUGGUGUAUCCACCUGCAUGUCUGCACACACACACACACCUGCAGCCAAGGAGUCACUAUCUACAACCAAAACUUUAAACCGCCAACACCCACCACCCCACCACCCACCAGAAAACUGACCCCCUUACCCCCUACUGUCCGGGCUGCUACAACAACAACAACAACCACAACCACAACAACACAGCCACCACCCACAGAGAUACCUACCCCAACCACAGCAGCUGCCCCUUCAACUGCCACCACAGUGACACCACCAACCACCCAUAAUGCUGAAUCUACAGCACCCCUUACACUGGCCACAACUUCCCCCUUUGUCAGGAACCAGGCCACCACCAGCCCCACAGAUUUCACCACCAUAGACGGGUCCCUUUCUGAUGUGGACAGAACGACAGAGGGAAAUGGUGCCAUCACAAGAAGUUUUUCAGAGGAUGAGGACACUGACACCUUAAAUAUCACUGAUGAACCUCUCUACACUACAUUACGCAGCAGUACUAGUGGCCAGGUAGACUCUGAGCUGAGAUUUUUAGAGCUGUCUGGUGAAGCAGUGGGCUCUUCCUCUGAUGUAAGUUCAGCUACCUCUGGCGAAGUCACCCUUUUAAUAGACCUUUCUAUCGGUGACGAUAAGGACUCUAAAGUUACUGACUCACCUUCAUGGUUGAAUGAAUGGGAAAAGCCAGAGGGAGAGACUGAGGUGGACUCUGCAACAGGUGAACCUGUUGCAGGUGCCAGCGAAAACUCGGUCAUCUAUACACAAUCACCUAAAACAGUUGAUGACCUCAACUCCGAAUCUGCAACAAACUACCAAUCUGAUUCUUCAGCUGACUCUUAUUUUCUGGAAUGUCCGUGUGUGGAGAAAGUUCAGGAUUCCUCUCUUCUCCCUGUCAAUGUGGAGAGGAAAAUCACACUGGUGGGACAACAUCUAAACCUGUUUCAGGAUGAGUAUUUGGACUACGAGUGCGUGUUGGACAUUGAGAAUCGGUCAGUGGUGGUGGAUGCCUCUGUGGAGCUGGAUGCCACACAGCCAUCAGUCUUCUUUAUCACCUGCCAACCGCACCAGUAUGCCUACUCUGUUUUGAUGGAGGAAUACCCAGCCAUGAUCAACGUGAGGAGGAAAAACAACUUCCUCAUCGACAGCGCUGAGGAUCUGUACGUGACUCUGUUCAACUGUUCAGUGGGGCGGUCAGACUGCAGCCGAUGUCGUACUGCUGACCCCAAGUAUGGCUGUGUUUGGUGUGGUGGUGCUGCUAGCUCUCGCUGUGUGUACCAGGAUUCCUGCACCGAUGAGAUCAAACACACCUGCCCUGCACCUGUCAUUCACUUUCUGGACCCGGUAUCUGGUCCUGUAGAGGGAGGGACAGUAAUGACUAUUUCAGGCUCUAACCUCGGCCAGAGAGCUGAAGACAUCCAGAACUCAGUCACGGUAGCUGGGGUCCCCUGCAGUGUCAUCCACAGCAGAUAUGAAGUCUCCUCAAGGAUAGUGUGUGAGACCACAAGCAGCGGAGGAGAGAAGAGCGGCCAGGCCUCAGUCAAAGUGAGGGGAGGAGGCCUCGGACUGUCGGCUCAGAUCUUCAGCUUCCAGGAUCCUGUCCUAAGCGGCAUCUUCCCCCAAAGAGGGCCGAAGGCGGGGGGCUCGUCUCUUAGCAUCAGAGGUCGGAGACUGAGGACUGGACACCCGAGUGAAGUCAGCGUCCUAAUCGGAGGAGUGCCAUGUAUGGUGCUAAACAUCCGGGAGGAUCAGAUCAGCUGCCUGACCAAAGGCAGCAACAGAACAGGAGAACAUGGCAUCACUGUGCGGUUUGGUGGGGCAGAACGCCACCUGCAGGAUUUGGUGUAUCAUUACACCCCCAACCCCAACAUCACAACAGCUGCUCCAUCCAAAAGCUUUCUCAGUGGAGGCAGGAUCAUCCGAGUUUCUGGUCAGAACCUGGAUGUGGUCCAAGAGCCAAAAAUGAGGGUCACCCUCAUUCCUCCUGAUACUCUCCCUCCCAGAAGGAGGAGGAGCAUCAAUAUUAGGAAUGAAGGAAGCCUGAACGGAGGACAGGAUCACCAGGGUCCGCUGAAGAGAUGGAGGAGAAUCGUCCCAGAAACAGACUGCCCUGAGGGUGCACUCUGUCAUGUCAAACAGUACGAGUCUCGCUGCACAGUGAACAGCUCCUCCUUCAUCUUGUGUCCGACCCCAGCGGUGGGUCCAGAGGCCAGGAGAGCCAGGGUCAAAGUUCAUUUCCUGCUGGACAGCCUCCAUUUUGAAUUCAACACUGUGGGGAAUGAAGCCUUCAGCUAUGAGCCCAACCCGAAGCUCUACCCACUAAACCAGAAUGACCCAACCAAACCAUACCACCACAAACCCGGCAGCAUCAUCUCUGUUGAGGGAGAGAACCUGGAUCUAGCCAUCUACAAGCAUGAGGUGGAGGCUCGGAUAGGGGAGGGGGUGUGUUCGGUGAAGACCUUGACACACAACCACUUGUACUGUGAACCUCCAGCCCAGCAGCCCUCAGUGGCAGCCAGCAGGAAACAGGAUGGCAUGGACAGUCUGCCCGAGUUCACUGUUAAAAUGGGGAACCUGAACUUCUCCCUGGGCAGGGUGCAAUACGACAGCCAGGCCCAGUCCACAUUUCCUCUGGAAGCCCAGGUGGGGGUCGGGGUCGGAGCCUCCAUAGUUGCUCUCAUUGUGCUCAUCAUAGUGCUUAUAUACAGGAGAAAGAGCAAACAGGCCAUGAGGGACUACAAGAAGGUGCAGAUUCAGCUGGAGAACCUGGAGACCAGUGUGAGAGACCGCUGUAAGAAGGAGUUCACAGACCUGAUGACAGAGAUGAUGGACAUGUCCAGUGAUUUGGUGGGUUCAGGGAUUCCCUUCCUGGAUUACCGGGCAUAUGCCGAGCGGAUUUUCUUCCCGGGCCACCAGGAGUCGCCACUGAGGCGAGAUCUGGAUGUUCCUGAGAGUCGAAGGCAGACUGUGGAGCAAGGGCUGGUUCAGCUGUCCAACCUGCUCAACAGUAAACUGUUCCUCACCAAGUUUAUUCACACUCUGGAGGUCCAGCGGACAUUUUCCCCCAGAGAUCGGGCUUACGUGGCCUCCCUGCUGACUGUAGCCCUGCAUGGUAAACUCGAAUACUUCACAGACAUCCUGAAGACACUGCUUAGCGAUCUAGUGGAACAGUAUGUGGCCAAGAACCCCAAACUGAUGCUCAGGAGAACUGAAUCUGUGGUUGAGAAGCUCCUGACAAACUGGAUGUCCAUUUGUCUGUUCACCUUUCUGAGGGAGUCAGCAGGGGAGUCGUUCUACAUGCUGUUUAGAGCGAUAAAGCACCAGGUGGACAAGGGACCUGUGGACGCUGUGACAGGAAAAGCCAAGUACACACUGAAUGACAACCGGCUGCUACGAGAGGACGUGGAGUACCGCACACUGACACUAAAUGUUGUGAUGCCAGCUGCAGCGGCCAGUGGAGGCACUUCUACCCAGACGGUACCUGCCAAAGUCCUGGACUGUGACACCAUCACCCAAGUGAAGGAGAAACUCCUGGAACAGACCUGGAAGGGAACCUCCUUUUCCCAGAGGCCACACAUUGACUCAUUACAUCUUGAGUGGCGUGCAGGUGUUGCAGGACACCUAAUCCUAUCAGAUGAGGACCUGACAUCAGUAGUACAAGGCUCGUGGAAGCGCCUUAAUACACUGCAACACUACAAGGUCCCUGAUGGAGCGACAGUUGCCCUCGUCCCCAGGAACACCAAACAUCACCUCCAUGACAGCCACGAUUACAUGCCUGGAGAAAAGACCCCUAUGCUAGAUGACGGGGAGGAGGGAGGAGUGAGGCUUUGGCAUCUGGUGAAAGCCAGCGAGGAGUCUGAGCUCCCCAAGCACAGGAGAGGUAGUCUGAGGGAGAGAGGCGGGGAGAGAGCCAAGGCUAUCCCCGAGAUCUACCUCACACGACUGCUCUCCAUGAAGGGCACACUGCAGAAGUUUGUGGAUGAUUUAUUCACUGCGAUCCUCAGCACCAGUCGUCCCGUACCUCUGGCUGUGAAAUACUUUUUCGACUUGUUAGAUGAGCAGGCUCUGCAGCACAACAUCAUGGACCCCGAGACCAUCCACAUCUGGAAAACCAACAGUUUACCACUGCGGUUCUGGAUCAAUAUCCUUAAGAACCCACAGUUCAUCUUUGACGUGCAGACCUCAGACCACGUGGAUGCUGUGCUGUCUGUCAUUGCCCAGACCUUUAUGGAUUCUUGCACCAUCGCUGACCACAAACUGGGGCGGGACUCUCCCAUCAACAAGUUGCUGUAUGCCAGAGACAUCCCACGCUACAAACAGAUGGUGGAGAGGUAUUAUGCAGACAUCCGUCAGACCAUCUCUGCCAGUGACCAGGAGAUGAACUCGGCUCUAGCAGAGCUCUCCCGUAACUAUGCUGCUGAGGUCAACUGCCUUGUGGCUUUGCAUGAGCUGUAUAAGUACAUCAACAAAUACUAUGAUCAAAUUAUCACAGCCCUGGAAGAGGACACCACAGCUCAGAAGAUGCAGCUUGGUUACAGGCUGCAGCAGAUUGCUGCUGCUGUAGAAAACAAAGUCACAGACCUAUGACCCCGAGGACAGGACGGAUUUUCCCUUUUAACAAGAGGACAAUGGUGAAAAAAGGUUCUGUCUCCUGGAGAAAGAGCAACGUUAUUUUUUUUUUUUUUUUAAGACAAAGGAGGACGAAGGAAUUUUGCGGCACAUACCAUGAUUUUGCUGUCAUUUCGACUAAUUUUUUAGUGAAGGGAGAAAUUAUCCUAAGAGGACCACUGAACCUGGCCAUGUCUCCUGACCUGUGUGCAGGAGCUACAGUAAUACUCCCUUGAAAUUUCCGCAGGUCCUAACACUGGGAGUAAAAUGACACUGCUCUGAGGAGGAAAAAAGGAGAAAAUGUGAGACGAAGCACAUCAAAACAAAGGAACUUCCUCUGAAGACUAUGACACCUCUCCUAAGGACUUCCCACACUGAUUUCAAGCUGAAGGGAGACAUGAUAUGAAAAGAGAUGUUUUUGUUUUUCCUCUGACUCAAUGUGUCAUGUUGGACUUUCUUGACAAACUGCACAGAACAUUCCUGCAAGUUUACAGCUGCGCUUUUUAGUCUUCUGCUGAGGAAUGGAUGCCGUAGGUGGGCUGGUUGUUGAAAGCGGGAAUGAGGAGGAAAAGGGAAAAGGAGGACUUGAACUUUAACGUCGACGGCCGUGGAAUUUUUACCGCAUUAUGUCGAAAGUCUUACACAAAGGACAAACGGAUAAUGACAAUGUCAAAGUGCUGUGGAGGCCUGAAGAGCCUUUUUUCAUUCUGCUUUUAGCUUCCUUAAAUCAUUCUACCAAGUCUUACUCUGUGCGAGAUCGGUUAGCUGUUAUUGGACAGUUUGUCGUUUUGUGUGAACGGUUUUCCAGGAUAGACUUUCUUUUUAAUUUUUUUAAGCCUCACAUCACCAGUUGUCCUUUUACUGUAAUUUAUAGAUCCUGCCUCAUGUAGUUUGAACUGAAAACCAGUGUUUUGUAAAAAAGUGUUGAUUUUAUUUCGAUGAGGACGUAGUACAUGAAUACUCUCAACUUGCUUUCUUCUCACGGUGACCUACUGCUGUUGUGAACGUUCUUUUCCUAGGUAAUGUAACGCAAAUGUUGGUAUCAAUUUUUUUUUAAUAUGUAUUACCCAAGACAGUUUGGCAGAGGUGCUCAUGGCUAACUCAUCAACUGAUCCGUCCUUAAGAAAACCAUGAAAAUAAAAUUUUCCACACAAGUUUAACUACAUGUUAAUCAAAAUCAAUAAUAGCACUACUGUAAUCUUUACUAAUUCAGUGAAAUAAGAUUAUUAUUAUUACUCAUGAAUGACCAAGCCUGACUUAUUAGGAAGUAAAUGCACAGUAUCUUAUAAACGAAUUCCACAUAAUUUAUUUUAUCUUUCACUGUCGCGACAGGAUUUACUUUCCCUCUGCAACGUAUAUUUAUGUGAGGGAUUUAUUUGUCUGUGGGUAUGAAAAUUACGUCAAGCAUAGAAAAACAGAGAAAAACUGUUCAGUUUGAUGGAUUGUAAAUCCUGAGGUUACUGUGAAAAAUAACGUGGAAUUAAACUACAUAUUUAUACAAUAAUUUCCUUCAUAUGUGCAUUUUAGAGAUUCAUUUCAAUUGCUUUGUCCAGUUUAUUUAUUUUAUACAUUUUUCUUUUUAUUUAAGUCAGGUUUGAUCUUUUCAUAUGUCUAAGUUGUUUUGGCUGCUGUCCAUAAAAUAUACAUUCUGUUUUCGGAUUUCCGAUUAUUUCAUGCAGCCGCUGCGCGGGUGAGUGGUCAUCUCUUCACCGUGGUCACUUGAAUCUAUCAAAGUCCAGUUUGCAGUUGAUUCAGCUCCACCUGUAAAUUUAGUUUCUAACCAUUACUGAGACCCUUGAGUAUACUGGCCUUUUUCAGGGCGAAGGAAAUCAAGGAAACCGCCGCCAGCCUUGGAUGGUUGUUAUAUAGGAGAGUAGGUUUUUCAUGCAAACAAAAUUUUGCGCUGACAAAACAGCUGUACCCUGAUUUUAGGCUUUAAGGUGGAUGCCAGAUUUUAGCAGUGUUAGGCAGAGCAGAGCUGUACUUCCUUAUCCUAUAGAAAUUGUUCCUUUUCUCGCAAGACUGAAAUCAGUCAAUACGGCUGAUAAACAAAGGUUCCUGUGUUCCCUGUUGCUCUGUGAUGCCCUAUGUGAAAGUCUUCUGCUAGUUUUUUUUUUUUUUUUCCGAUUUAAUUUAUUGUUUAUUUAUUCGUUGCAUAUGUUGUUGGUUAUUUUUUCUGGACAUAGAAAAUAAUAAUGGUUAUGUCCCUCCCAAUCAAAGGUUACAUCAUGUUUUUUUUUGUUUUUUUUUAAAAGAAAAGCAAGAGCCUUUGCCAUUUUUAGUACCUUACGGUGUUUGUUUUUAUCCGUUGAUCAACUCUCAAGAUCGAUGUGAGGUUAUAAAAGUCUAAAUCAAAUUCACUAUCAGCUGUCUUGAAUUUCUGAUACAGUCCCAGCCUCUCAUUUUAUAUGUUCCAUUUUAGAGGCCCUAGAAAAACCCGAUUUGUAAUGUUGCAAGCGAUUACCAUACACAUUUAGUGUUGCUUGUGGCGUACUUGUGUAUGCAAAGCUCAGUUCUGAUCUUUUACCAUUUUCCUGUACUCUCCUUACAUAAUCCUGACUUUAGCAUUCUCUAACCAAUUGAUAGGAUGAACCUAACAACAACUUACUGUGAUGCAAUAAAUAAAGUUGUC